CAACAUAACAGCAUCUGUCACAAUUUUCAAGAUGUUCUGCGGGUGUCUUUACAUUUUCAAAAUCUGUUUGCAAAAUGUUAUCAAUAACUGUAGACAUUUAUAUUUAACUUGUUAUACAACCCAAAAAAAUUAUGUAGGAGUAUAUUGUGUAAAGAUAACUUGAUAAUGUAAUAGGUGAUUGGAUCACCAGAAACAUGGUUGAUAAUGAGCAGAAAAAGGAAAAACUAUCCCAUUAUGAUUUUGCAUUUGCUGGAGGCCUUUCCGGCUUCAUAACGAGGGCGUUGUGCCAACCUUUAGAUGUUUUGAAAAUCCGAUUCCAGCUUCAAGUAGAGCCGAUUUCAAACAAUGCAGUUUCGAAGUACAGAUCUGUGUUUCAAGCAGUAACAUUGAUACUGAAAGAGGAAGGUAUGAAGGCGUUUUGGAAGGGGCACAUUCCAGCACAGUUUUUGUCUGUCUCAUAUGGAGUCGUACAAUUUUGGUGCUUUGAAGCACUGUCUAAAGAAGCUCAUAACCAGAAAUUACUUAAAAGUUUAGUCCCAGUUAUAAAUUUUUCUUCAGGCUUCAUAGCAGGGGGCCUAGCUACACUUGCAUCUUUCCCCUUUGAUGUAAUUCGAACUCGCUUGGUAGCCCAAAGUGAACAAAAAAGAGUUUAUAAUAGUUUCAUCCACUGUGCUCAAGAGCUGGUCAAGAAAGAAGGUCCAAUGGUCAUGUUUAGAGGUUUGUGGCCUACUGUGCUUCAAGUAGGACCUCAUGCAGGCAUUCAGUUUAUGUGUUACAAAUUCUUCAAUGAUCUGUACAAGUUAAUGGCUGACUCAAGCAAUACCUCAUUCUCAAAUAGUUUGGUUUCUGGUAGUCUAGCUGGGCUUUGUGCCAAAACAUCAAUUUACCCAUUUGACUUGGUGAAGAAACGUUUACAGAUACAAGGAUUUGAGGAAGGUAGAAACAUUUUUGGAAAAACUUUUCAAUGCAGUGGAAUGACUGAUUGUUUGGUUCGUAUUUAUCAAGUAGAGGGGGUGCCUGGCUUUUUCAAAGGGCUUCAACCCAGUCUUAUCAAGGCUGUGUGUACAUCUGCUCUACAUUUUAGCACAUAUGAAAUGACCAUAAAAUGCAUUGGUUAUUUUAGAGAACAAUAACAGAACUGUUAUUAGAACAUAAGUUUUUGUUAUUAUUUUUGUGAUUAUGUAGUCCAAUAUGAAAUCAGAAAUUAAUUUCUGCCUUUCAUUAGAUAGAGUGAUUUUUUUAAGUUAUAAUUUAGUGAAUCCUAAAAAUACUUUACUUUCUGCAUGAUUUUAUCACUAUUUUUUGGCUGUUUUUGUAAAUUGGUAUUUGGUAUACAACUUUUAUGAUACAAUAUAUCACAAUAUUAAUUUCAUCUUGCACACUCAUCUACAAAUAUGUAGGUACAUGAUUUUAUGGAUUUUACCUCAGCAUUUCUUUGAAUUACAGAUGCAGUAUUCUAGGUAGUUGAAGGAGUUAUUUUUCAUGUAUUAUGAUCAACGCAAAACUUUUCUAGUAUACCAAACAAUAUAGAGUAUUUGGUAGCUAUUACUGUUAGUUGCUGAAUAAAUUAUUUAAGUUUUUGAGUUAGUAGCAGCUGGAUUUUGUUGAUUUUAUCACUACAAAAUUGAGGAAUGGCUAUUAUCAGAUCUGCAAUAUACUUAUUGUAUGUGGAAAACAAGAGUUAUAUAAAAUAGUUUCUAGUCAUAUAUUUUCACACAGGGUGGCACUGAGUCAGAUUUUACUAUAUGUAUACAGUUCAUUAUAGUGUAUCGCCCUGUGUUUUCCGGAAUAUACAGACAAACAACCCAUUUGUAUAAGACUGAUAUUUGUAAUAAUUACACUUUAUGUUUUAAUAAAACGUUGUUGAAAGCUAUAUAAAA